GGUGUGCAAGUGUUUGUUUUGGUUUGACUCCGGCAGUGUGUGCGUUGCUCUAGCGAAAGUGUAGCAAAAGUGUCUUCUAACUAUCCUAGAAGCAGAAUGACCGACCACACACAGACAGCAACCGAUCCGGCAAGGAUAUAUCUAACGGCGGAGGAAAUUUUGGCGGAAAAGAUUUACCUCUGCUCGUUCGACAACUGCUUCGCACUGUUGAACAACUUGGCAAACCUGCAGAUGCACCUAACCAAACAUCACAAAGCACCGGCGGAAAAUCUACAGUUCCUGUGCAAUGCCAACAAGACGGAGCCCAAACUGUUCUUCUGCCCCAUCGCCAGCUGCCCAUACUUCCAAACGGCCACCGAAUGCACAAACGGAGCGCGUAGCUUUAGUUCUCUUCGCUCGCUGAAGCAACACUUCCUGAAGGUGCACGGCGAGCGAAAGCAUGGCUGUGAAGCGUGCGGCAAAUCGUUCGCGACGGAGAGUUUCCUGCGACACCAUCGGUUGUCCUGUGGCCGGAAGUUUGUCUGUGAGCAUUGCUCCUACACGUACGGUUCCCGGGAGGCACUGCUAACGCACGCCAAACGGAAGCAACACGGCUACGAAGCGUUGCUUUUGGCGAAGAAAUCCACAAACCCCAAGAAAGCGACGAAACAGAAACCCGCCAAGAAGUGCGUUACUACGAGUACGCAAACGUUGCAGGAGCGAAUGGGAGAACAUCGAGCUACACAAACGUGCGAUCUUGUGAAGAUUCCUGCCAUUGAGCCGAGGGAGGAGAACAGCUCUAUACCUCCAGUACAACAGCUUUCGUCGAAACCAGAAACGGUUGAAAAUUCCUGCAACACAAACGCAAUUCUCGGUUCGCACGUGGCCGACAGCGUGGAACCUUUGGCACCGGUAGUGUGCACCGAAACGCAAACCGACUUCAUCGACUUUAUGUUUUCCGGCUCGGACAAUCGGCACGAUCCUCUGCUUUCCUAUGCCCACAUGUACACCCAAACGUACGACGAUCCGGGACUGCUGACGGCUGACCUCGGGCUGUCCACGACCGAAACGCAGACGAGCUGGAACGAGUCGGGCGAAACGUUUGGCGACUAUCUGGUAUCCACGGAGACGCAAACGAACUUCGAUAUCGAUAGUUUCGAUUGCUCGAGUAGCAAUUGUACCGCAGAUAGAACUAGUCCAGGGAACUGCAAGCAAACGCAGAUGCCGGAACCGAUGCAGGCUGAGUUUCACUUGCUAAGGGGAGCAGAUUUUUUGAGCGAUAUUGGCGACUCGAUCGAUGGUCAUGCAUCCGUUCACGCGGCGGGCUCUUGAUAUAAGGAGACGCAGGAUGAGGAUCCCUGUUAUCGACGAUUCGAGUUCUAGCAGCACGGUGGUGAAUCCCGACUUUUAUAAAGCUGUAUAUAUAGAUGUAUUAAUGUAGAAAUUUAGCUAAAAUACGUUAUCGGUACUAGUACUAGUAGCAUCUCCAAACAGACUGUAUGCAAAAGGCAAAAUUCUGAGCACUGAAUUUUUGAAUUCUUGUAAUUCUAGAACACGUUUACUCAUAGUACAGUUAGAUGAAUUCCAAACUAAUAAAUCAAAUCAAUGGGGCUGAAAAACUAUAUUUUCAUUCCU